AUGAUGAAGGAUUACUAUAUUGAUGUGCCGUCAAUGUUGCAAAAACCGGGUACGGUUGGAAAUGAGAGUCAUCCACUUCUAUCGAACAGCUACAGAAGAGCUGUUGUACGUUUGAAUGCUUAUUGA